UUCAAGCGCUUGGAUUAUGGAUCAAGGUCCACAUAUCGGCCCAACCUAACAGGGUUUACUUGAACCGGGCAAGAUCAGAUCAAAAUCCUCGAUUCUUUCAUUAAUCUUGAAUUAAACCCUCGGGGCUCCCUUCCCGGAGACCGAGUCCCUCGCACCUCCGCCGACGACGAAUUGCUCCAUGGCUCUCCCUCAACUGAUUCAGUUACCAACGGAAACGGCAACGGCAGCGUCUUCAAGAUCUGCACUCCUCUUCCGUACCGUCUCAAUGGACAAGCGCCAUGGCCAUUUAAGGAGCGCCACAAGGUUCGUGGUCGCGGCCAAGAGCGAAUCGGAAGCCGGCGGCGAUGAUGCGAGGGAGAAGCUUCGAUGAAAGAAGAAAGAGGCGGAGAUUGGAGGAUGUGUCUUUUAAAAUACGGGAGACCAAGGCUGGGCCGCCUCAGAAGAAACCCAGGUUAUCGUUACCAAGAUCGCCUUCGAUGCUGUCAUCGGGAUAUUUUGUUCGCGCCGUCGGCGACGUGUUGGUCGAUUACAAGGAGCCAGUUUUCGAUUGGGAAAUGACGGAUGAUGCCUGGUAUUUUUGGGAUUUCGUUCCUUUUGGCGCUGAUAUAAGCAUGAGGGAUAAAAAUCCAGAAGGAACGUUUGAAGAAGACAAGAAAAGGGCUGAUGAGGCCUUAGACAGAAUGCAAACGAAGAUUAACUUAGAGUAUGAAGUCUAUAAAACAUGCCGAUUUUUGUCUGACAAUGUUUUGGUGUCCGGAAGGCAGGUGCAGCCGAGAUGGUCAGGAACACCUCUGAGAUCAGCUAAGGAGCAACCGGAAGAAUUAAUUUCAGUGAUGCAACUGUGCGAACAGUUGUAUUCAAGUCCCUUGACCAAAUCAUUUUUAUCAGAUCCAGAAAAUUCAAAACCCUAUUCUCCUAAACUUGGGAAGUGGCUUAUAGAGAAGCAAGAAAAUGGUCGUUUGAUGUUUGAGCCUCUUGUUGCUUCAAGGAAGAAGACAUUUAACCUUAAUCCAGAGUCUCAUUCAGACAUUCGUCUAGGUUCACAACUAUAUUUUGGGCAUAACUCUUGUGUACCAUCUACAGACAUGCUGAGCUCAUGGCUGGGUUAUAUGCAGGAGCCAAUUUUGGAUUCAACGUUCAGUGAUAGGCAUGGCAUAGUAGUGAAGUCUAGUGAUUUGAGCUUGGUGCCUAAUGAAGUGCAGCAUCUUCUGCCUGUCAUGCAACCGGCCAACCAGAAUUUUCUGCAUUUGUCAAGAAAUUCGAUAAUGGCUCCUAACCAGCGACAGUACUUGCAGGAUUUGAAUCAUGAUUCUCUCUAUUUGUUAAGGAAUUCAAUGAUAGCUCCGAAUCAGCAGCACCAGCAGGUGGCAAUGCAACACGAGAUGCCCAAUUUCAGAGCUGUAAACUGUAAACAGCAGUACCCGCAGCAUUUAAAUCAGGACUCUGCAUAUUUGUCCAGGAAUACCAUAAUCGCACCAAAUCAGCAGCAGCAGAACAUGGAUAACUUGAUGUCUACUUUUGGAGCUGGAAACUGUGAUCAGCAACAAAGAUUGGGCUGCAUCCGGCAGCACAGACCUUGGACGUCUGAUCCCGCAUCAGAUAUCGAGACCUGGUCAACACACCCCUUUGAUCCUCUGAUGCCACAGCAUAACAUUGAUCAGAAUUCAGUGUGUUAUGACCAUCUUCACAGUCAGAAUUAUUUCCCAACCUGGUGAUGUAUAGCGGUAUGCACACUAAAAUAAAUGUGCCAGCGCUGUAUGAAACUUUGAAAACUAUACGCAGCUUUAGUGUGAAUGCUGAUGAGCUCUCUAACUGAGAAUUUUUUUUUUUGGGAGGGGAGGGGACUAUGAUUUAGUUUCAUUGCUUAUUCCUACUCUUUGCUGAAAAGGCAUUGUAAAUGAUCUUUUUUCCCAAGUAUUUCAGAGUUAAAAUCUCUGGGUGGCUACUCCAAUAAAAGGAAAAAAUUGUCAAACAAAGAUGUAUUGACUAACUUUUUCCCUUGUCUUUAUGAAAACCGAUAAUGUGAACUCUUAA